UUCCCGGCCCUGCCCCCUGUCACUCAGUUCUCCUCUGGUCUCUGCUGUAGUUUCCCCCUCUGAUGACAUGCCAGCCCCCUGUCGGACACGCGCCUCCUCGGGCACCAGCAGUACAUAAAGUGAGCUGCGCGCGCACGGGGCUGAUCAGUGAAUCAGUAAGCGGCGGAGGAGAGAGCCGCUCCGGUCCGUUAAGCGCUCCACACCGCGGAGUUACCAUGAGCUGCGGAGACUGUGCGCGCCUGGAAGCUUCUCUUCUCCGGGAGCGCACGAGGUGAUGCGCCCUACGAGACUCUGUUCGGGUCUAUUACCGGAGAGGAUGGCGGAGCUAUGGAACCACAACAGUACGUCCUCUUUGAACCGGUCCAGCGCCGAGCAGGACCGGUUCAGCAGCUUGGAUGACAUCGACUUCCCGGCGGACGGCUCCCCAACGCUGCGCAUCCUCAUCUCCAUUGUGUACUCGGUGGUGUGCGCCGCCGGGCUGGUCGGGAACCUGCUGGUCUUCUUUCUGAUGAAGGGGCGCAGGGGCAGAAAGAAGCGCUCCAGCAUCAACCUAUUCAUCCUGAACCUGGCCGUCACGGACUUCCAGUUCGUGCUGACGUUGCCGUUCUGGGCUGUGGACACGGCUCUGGACUUUAGCUGGCCGUUUGGAAACGCCAUGUGUAAGAUCAUCCUGUCGGUUACGGUGAUGAACAUGUACGCCUCUGUUUUCUUCCUCACCGCUAUGAGCGUCACCAGGUACUGGUCGGUGGCCUCUGCGCUGAAGGACCGGACCCGGAGGCGGGUGUGUCCGGUACGUUGGGUGAUCGCGGGGUUGUGGGUGUCCGCCACGGUGGCUACUCUGCCCACAGCCAUCUUCUCCACGGUGAAGAGCGUGGCCGGGGAGAGGCUGUGCCUGCUCGGCUUCCCGGACGGACAGUCGUGGCUCGCGCUGUACCAUCUCCAGAAGAUCCUGGUGGCUUUCGUGUUCCCCAUGCUGAUCGUUACUGUGUGCUACCUGCUGCUUCUGCGUUUCGUGCGCCUGCGCAGCAUGAACAACAACCAGGUGAAGCGGAGGUCCAGAGUCACGCGCUCCGUCACCAUCGUGGUCCUCUCCUUCUUCAUCUGCUGGAUGCCAAACCACGCCAUCACCUUCUGGGGCGUGCUGGUCAAGUUUAAUGUGGUCAACUGGGAUAAAGCGUACUACAUGGUGCACACGUACGUGCACCCGGUGACAGUGUGCCUCGCGCACACCAACAGCUGCCUGAACCCGGUGCUGUACUGCCUCAUGCGCCGGGAGUUCCGCAAGAAGAUGAAGGAUCUGUUCUGGAGGAUUUCCUCCCCCUCAGGGACGAACAGCUGCCCCCUGCGGCCCUUCUCCGGGACGGUUAGAGCGGAGCCGGACGACACGCAGAUCGUCAUCCCGCUGAACAACGUGGAGACGGAAAACUACCGGCUGUCUGUGUUAACGGACCACGGCGACACGGAAACACUGCAGGGAUAGAAAACUGUUACACCAUGAUGAAAGAUGAUUGACUGAUAUUUAGACUCAUUACAGACUUCUGAACUGUGAGUCUCUUAUUUGUUCUUUGUGCAACACAGAACAUAUGGGAUAUCAGAUAUUUAUUGACUUGGCAACAGAUGGAUUUUAUAUUCGUUAUCACAGAGUGAAAUUUAAAAAAGCAAGAACGGGACAAGCGCGCGUAAAUUACGCACCAGGAGGUUCGUGUGUAAAACCACUCCACUGCGUUUCUGUUCCUCCUGACUGCGCUGUGUCACAAGAAAAACUCUCCUCACUCUCAUGCUGAUGCUGUAUUUUGGUCCUGGACAGCUGAAUAUAUGGAGGUGCAGGAUUUAUGUAGCUCUCUCUGUGCAGAAGCAUCUGGUCACUGUGCUGCAGGGAGGACUCAGCCUGCUGCUGCUGCUGCUGCUUCAAUCAUCAGUCUGUGGAGUUUUUUCAAGUUUCUCGUGGCUGAUGUGUAAAAUGUUCAAGCUUAAGUAAGUGAAUGUAAAAAAAAAAAAAACUGCCAUUUUGACCUUAACAAUGUUUGGAGAAUAAAAUAUGUUCUUUGUGGUGACAGUGA